AUGCUUUAUCUCCUUCCUGCCUUCAACAUUCCCACAGGUCCGCGCUCAAUAGGACAAAAGAAGCGAGAACUGCCGAGCGCGGGGAACGCCAGCCUCGAGGCGCCUGACCUCCCCGAACCUCGGGGAGUCGCUGCGCGGAGCCCCCCUUCCGAAGCCUGGCCGAGCCCAGGUCGCGCGCUGCCCGCGAGUGGGAAAGUACGGCUCGCACAAAGCCCCGCCGGCCUGGGCACCCCACGGUUUUCCUUAAGACACCGAGGGGCUCAACCAGCCCGCGCGCCCUCAGCACAGCCGCGCCAAAGCAGCGCCGGCCGAGAGGAAAAGAAACAGCAGCCACCUCACAGGAGCGGAAGAACUAGGGGGGAAGCUGGAGCUGCCUCGGUUUCCCCAACUGCAAACAGCCGGCAACGGAAACGACGCUACCCGCGGAACACUCCCUGCAAGCACCGCGACCCGGAAGUCGGGGGGGGGGGAGGCCGCGGGAACGCCCUCCCCGGGACACUGCCCGCCCCCGCCCCGCCCUUCCCGCCACUCCGAUUGGCCCGAGCUCCACCAAUUGCUAACGCCAAAAGGAGGUAGCUCUGAGUCGCUGGCGCGCGUGCUCGGAUUCUAGGGACGCCCAACGGUUUCCCUGGCAACGACUGCCUGGAGGCACGCCCCGCGCCAAAGGUUAGUGUGUCAAAAGCGCCGCUCUGGCCGUACUUCUCGCCUUAAACCUCAGGUCGUUUGCGCGGUCUGGAAUUGUGUGCUACUCCUAAACUCCAAGAACUCACGGAGAAACAGCGUACUUUUGGUAACCUUCAUAGCGCCAAGGUUGCAAAAGCACUUUCACCUACAUUUAAUAUUAAUUCUGCGAAGUAUUUAUUAAUAGCCCUACUUUAUGGAUGAGGAAACGGCAUUUAUGUUUAAUGACUUGACCAUGGCUAAUACAUGGCAAAACAAAAACAAAAACAAAACAAAACAAAAAAACACCAAAAACUCUGCUAUGUUGAGUAAAGAAGUUGGGACUUUGUCCAAAACCCAAGAGUAUCUGGAGGAAGUGCUUUCCAGGCACGAAAACCACAAGUGCGAAGGAGCAUUCUUCAUAAAUGGGAGAAAGAGCACGAAGGCCAGUGUAGCUGGAGAAGCAAAGGAUAAGGGGAGAGUAAAUCUAAGUACAAAGGACAGCUUCCGUGGAGAAAUAACCUAC